AUGCAAUUAUAUGACUUAUCACUCGUUAAAGUUGAUGUACUACAAGGACAAUUAGUGUAUUUGGACGAUUCGAGUGGUCUUGCCAUCUAUACACCGCUACUAAAUUUGACAUUUCAUGAUGAGACUGGAACUGAACAUCAAAUACAAAUGCCAUUUCGUUUAGAUCCAGGAGCACCUAAAUCAUUAUCAUUAAAUCCGUUUAAAUUUGGUAUAACAGACCAGCACCUGUUAUAA